AUGGUUCGCGUAUUCAUCACAGGCUCAACUGACGGCAUCGGCCAAGCCGCCGCAAAGCUCCUCGCCGAGCAAGGCCACCAGGUCGUUCUCCACGCCAGAAACGCCGAUCGCGCCGCUUCAGCCAAAGCCGCCAUUCCUAACGCCGCAGCCGUUCUCGUUGGCAACUUAUCGUCAAUUGAAGAGACGAAGAAGCUCGCCAAGGAUGCAAACAAUGCUGGGCCAUUUGAUGUCGUCGUGCACAACGCAGGCAUCGGCUAUGGCUCCACAGCAUCGAGAGAAAUCACUUCGGACAAGAUCUCAGCUGUUUUCGCCGUCAACACCCUCGCGCCAUACAUCCUCACAUGUCUCAUGGAUAAGCCAAAGAGCAGACUUCUGUUCAUGAGUUCGGACAGUCACUACAGUGGGGAUGAGACUCUUAAGAACGCCACUCAAUCGCACUCUUAUGGCAACACGAAACUUCAUGACACAAUGCUCGCGAAAGCAUUCGCCCGACGCUGGACCGACAUCCAAGUCCUCAGCAUGCAUCCGGGCUGGGUAAAGACCAAAAUGGGGGGAAACUCAGCACCAGUUCAAUUAAGUGAACCAGCAAAGGCAUUGGCAAGCUGGGUCGCGGGCGAAGGAUCUCUGACGAAGGUCACAUCUGGUGCAUUCGUCACAACAAGCGGAGAGAGCAGGCCUCAUCCAGGAGCGGACAAUGUAAGCAAGCAGGAAGAGUUGCUUCAGAUUUGCAAGUCAAUUUCUGGCGUCGAGGUGCCUGAGGAGUAA